CUCUUUGUCAUUUUGAUCAUGGGAAAAUCAAAGCAACAACCAAAGACCAAAGGCAAUUUGAAACCUGCUAGUAGUAGUCGAGCAGCAGAAACAAGUAUUGGUCAAACCAAUACCUCUCUAUCUUUUACUAAUUUGGGUGGGUUUGCCCAGUUUGCUAGUCCAGCCACAACUUCUCAUAUUUUAUCACGACCUUCUACACCUGGAUCUGAUGGUGGUGAUAUUUCAAUUGAUAUUGAUCCUGAAUUAUCUGUUAUCCUGAAAAAGAUCAACAAACGCGACUCUAUCACCAAACUCAAAGCUCUAGAAGAAUUGAAUACUUAUUUGAAUGAACAUAUCUCAGUAAUUCAAUCUAUUGUAUCUACUUGGGUCUCGAUUUACAACAAAGUUGCUUUGGAUGUCGAUAGACGCGUACGUCUUGCUGGUAAUCAAAUUCAUCAACUAGUGACUCUUCAAGCGAAAAAGAAAUUGGCUCCUUAUUUGAAAGAUUUUAUUGGUGUUUGGAUGUUAAAUAUGUAUGAUCAAAGCAAGGAUGUUGCUAAACUGGCGAAAUUGACCUUUGAAGCCGUAUUUGCUGAAGAUAAACGACAAGGGGUGAUUGUCUUUUGUCAAAAGGAUAUACUUGAUUAUACAUCUGAAAUGUUAUUGAUAAAGACGGUCGAAACUCUCAGUGAUGCUAGAUAUGUGUCUCCUGAAGAUAUGGCAGCCAAAUAUGCAAGAGUGAUGGCAUCAAGUUUGUAUACUUUGUCACAUCUCAUUACAUCUCUUCCUGAAGAUGAACGAAUCAAGGUCAAAAAUGACUAUGAUGCCUUAUUUGAUACAACAGCUUUGUGGAAAUUUGUUACUCAUGAAAGCCCUGUGAUUCGACGAUCUAUAUAUCAUCUCAUCAAGAAUUUAUUAGUACAUUGGCCAGCUAUUUUGGAAUCUCGUCUUGAUUUGAUAUGUCCCGAUUUUUUUGGUACUGUCUUUGGUGAUAAAGAUGCCUCAGUACAUUCUGAAAUGUGGGAUGCUUUAUUAUUGAUGACAAAGAAGUAUCCUGACUCCUGGAUGAUUAUCAACAAGAAGAAACCUGCAUUAUCCAAGCUAUGCAACUUCCUCCGAAAUGGUCUCAAUGGAUCUCUCAAUAUUGCCUACCCAAGUAUGAUCGCUUUACUUGCCAAUUUACCGUCUCAAUUAAUGAAUUCUCCCAAUUUUUACAAGGAUGUAUUUACCAAUUUUUGGAAAGGCUUGUCAAGUAGUAUCAUUGAUAAAUCCAACUCCCAUGUUCUAGUCAAUGCUUAUUGUGAAUGUGUUACCUACUUCGCCAUUACAAAAAGUACAACCAAUCCCGAUGCAACAGCCUAUCUUGUGGAUUCGGCUCUUUAUGAUGCACUCAGAGCCUAUUUUAUACGCGCCAAAGAUACAGCAAUCGCUUAUGACAAAUUGAAUGAACAAUGUGGAAUAUACUUUGGUAACAACAUUAUUACUCUUAUCAAAUCUGAAGCCAAUAUCCCCAUGUCAUCUUUAUGGUCUAAAUUGGAUACACUAUGUGUACAAAUUAUCAUUGAUUGUGAUGGUCCUGCUGGUUCAGAAGUCGAUAUGUCCCUUUUUUGUCAACAAAUAGGAAUGAUCUUGUCUUGUAUACAUAAACAACUUCAAGGAACUGGAUCUUCUUCAAUAGAUUAUAAUAAUCCAGCUUAUACUCCUGUUGGUGAUUUGGUCCAAAGACUAUUUGUUGCCGCUCUGGACUCGUGCUUUGUACACAAGGAUUUCGCUUCGGAAUUGAUUGCAUUGGAUAAAGUAUUACUACAUGACUACGCAACUAUCAUUCUAAAGUGUCUCGAUACAGGUAAAGUCUCAAAGCAACUACUUUCUCUCUUGGACCAAGUGGCGGUUUCCUCCAUCCCUACUGUUGUGUCGACGUUUGUUAGCUUGAUAUCGAAUGUAGCAGAUGAAAGUAUGAUGAAGGAAUUAUGGAACAGUAUAACUGGGUAUUUGGUUACUUUGAAUUCAAAAGAUGGAACAUUACGACAAAUCAAUGGAUUGGCGUCACUAUUGGAUGAGAUUUACAUUCAAAAACCUCAAAUAAAUUAUCAAUCUGAAAAUCUUGAUAUUUUGGUGAAACAAGUUUCCAGCGACAUCCUGACAAGUUCCCCAGUAUUAGUUCAAAAUCAAAAUGAGCAAGAUGCCACGUUGCAACGCACGAUCAUGGAAAAAGUAUUUGUACAAAGCUUAUCUUUACAAAUGGAUUAUAAUUUAUUGUCAGAAGAAACUCUACAAGUGGUAUUAUCUUCUCUUGUGCCUACUCUCAAGUCAUUCAAUCAAUAUUACUAUUCUACUGAAGGCAAUAUCAACAAACAAAGUCUUGACUCCAGCUCCAAUGAAGAUGCAAUAAAUUAUUCAACGCGAUCUGUUUUAUCCAUCAUCCUUGCUCUUCUUGAACCCAAGGACGUAAUUGCUGUCAAGUUUCUUACUCAAUUUUCUCUAUCUGAUCUACCAAAUCAAGUUUUUGAUGCUAUGUUUGCUAAACCUGUGGAAGCGUUGUCUUCUACCGCCUCCUCUGUUGGGAACGACAAUCAAUUGGCUACUACUGACGAUACUAUUGGAGAUAUUCAAUUACUCGCUGGUAUUGUAUGGACAAAGAUGAUCGAUCUGAUGAACAACAACGAUUCUACGGAUAAAGAAAUACAAACCAAAUUCAGACAUGGCGUCCUCACCCACGUCAAGUCAUCUAUCACUGAUGUUAAAUGUAUUGCAAGUCCUUUAGAAUCCGUGAAUCGUUCCAACAAACUUUUAUCGGCUCUAUACCCUGAUACUACGACAACAGAAUAUCAACAAGCUCUUACUACUCUAGUAGGUGACUCGGCUAAAUGGAUCGAUUUGUAUGCUACAUUCCAAGAAAAGCGCACUCUUGAAUAUAUGGCAUCCUCUGUUACUGAUAUUUAUGCUGGUAUGGACUCUCAGACAUUAUGGGAAGACAAGGACGAAUUAUAUCCUAUACAGUACGAUAUCUAUGGUCUUAGUGCUUUGGGACGGCUGGCACUAUUCACUUCGGCAUUUAUUAUUCAAAAGCAAGUGGAUGUCGUCAGAUUUUUUAACGUAGAAGAUACCAAAGAUAUUUAUGAUCGUGACACGUUAUUACGCAUUAUGCUCUUAGUCUCCAUGGAAUGCUCACGAGGUUUUGAAAUGAAUGGACUCUGUCGUAUUUGGCAAUCAUCGACCUUAUAUACUCCAGCAACUACAUCAACAACAAUAUUAUCACCUUCAAAAAAUGCACUGAGGUUGGGCAUCACUGACUUUAUAACACAGACAAACACGAUAUUUAAUGCUUGGUUUGACCACAUGGUGAAAAAUCAAUUGAAAUCUUCUCCAUCCAUGACAACACACUUUUGCACAUCCUUAUACAAUUCUCUCAAAAAGGGCAGCAUUACUGACGAUGACAAUGGUCGCUUAUUCAAUUUCACCCUAAAUAGCUUGCGACAUCAGGGACAACAGUAUACGGACGCAUAUUAUGCCAUUUUUAUUCAAACAUUAAUGGAUCAACUACUAGAUCAGUAUCAAUGGACAAUCAAGGAAGUAGAACAAUGGCUACCAAUUUUGAAAGCUGAAGCAACUGAAGUAUCUCCUCUUAUCAAAGCUGCAUUGAUUACAUCCUUCAAAAAAGUAAUUGGUGAAACAUCUGGUUAUCAAUAUCUUUCAAGUGAUUUUGCGAAUAAAUUAUCAGGUGCAGAUAGUUUACAGAUCUUUGCUGACCGUCCAGAAGCUUGGGAAUGGUUAACACUAUUGAAUGCAUCCUCUAUCACAUUUGGCACCCUUCCUAUCCCACCUCAACGAUUGAUAUAUCUAGUAUCAACUAUUAAAGGUUGGUUCAAGCAAGACUUUGAUGAUCAUUUAGAAGUUAUUCACCGGAAAAAAAUACAUAUCCAAUUGGCACUUCUUUUCUCCAGCAUCUCUGAAUCUGUGCAAGAAGUAUCUGGUAGUCAUUGGGAUUUGUUUUUGGAUUGUGUUUAUGAGUGGCUAUCGUACAAUGAUGCUGAUGAAUAUGAUGAUUUACCCAUAAUGUACUAUGCGCUGCGUCUUUUAUCUAGGUUGAUAGAUUUGGGGACCGAAGGAAACUCAAAUAUCUUGGAAACUCUUAAUGAUCAUUGGAAAGGCAUUGGAAAUGCUGUAUGGAAAUGCUUUACAAAGGAAAAAGGUAUAUCUCUGCCUAUUAGUCAAUCUCGAAAACUAUAUCAAGAACUUUUGGCAGGAAUUGUUAACUAUAUUCCAUUCGUUAUAUUGAAGGAAAUUGUGAACUUUGGCGAGGUGAUUCAACACUUGGGCUCAACCAACGAUGUCUUGCAAAAACAAGCAUUCUUUAUUCUACAACAACUAGUCAAGGAAGAUACCAAAAAUUUAUCGGUGCAAUUGGAAUUCUCACAGCACGAAGAAGAUAAAGAAGAGAAACUAACAACUCGCCGAAUUCAUCCUGAUCUUUUUAAACGAUUAAUAACGAACGAACCUAUUUUAUCGAUGUGGGAUAUUGCAACUGUUGAAGAAAAGGAAUUUCAUGAAAUUUUUGGUUAUAUGCUGUCGUGGUUACUCAUGUUUGAACAUUUUGAUGAUAUUACAUUCAAACUGAAACAACAAUACACCGCUGAACUGAAGGAUGCCGAAGCUCUUGAUAAACUGAUACCAUUCUUAUUCAAGUUUUUGAAUCCUGUUACCGGGCAACCAGCAUUCGACCUCACUCCUUGGGAUUUCUCUAUUUAUGAUUUGGAAGGAUUUGAUAUUACGAUGGAUACAAGCUAUGCAUUAUUGGCCGGUCAUUUGUAUUACCAAACACUUCGACAUAUUCCAUCACUUGCUAGGCAAUGGUGGGUCAAUUACAGGCAACGGCAAUUGGUGAUAGCCGUGGAGCAAUACACCGAAAAGUACUUUAGCGGACUUUUGAUCGAUCAUGAAAUGGCACUGGUGAACCGAGCUGAUAUUAAGAAACAAUUGGAAGACAAUGAUAACGAAUUCAAGGUUAAAACAUUGAAGGCAGGCAAUGAAGUCAGUGCUAUUUACAACGUGGAUGAACAAGAAAUGCGAAUCUCUAUCAAGUUACCAAACAAUUAUCCUUUACAGCAAAUCCAAGUGGAAGGGGUACAGAAAGUAGGCGUUAGUGAUAAACAAUGGCGUGGAUGGAUGUUUGCUAUUGCAGCUGUCAUUGGAUCUCAGAAUGGAAAUAUUGUCGAUGCAUUGACUGUCUGCAAACGGAAUAUCAACCUUCAUUUUGAGGGUAUAGGUGAUUGUGUGAUUUGUUACUCUAUUAUCAGUGUCCAAGAUCGAUCUAUUCCAACAAAACAAUGUCGUACUUGCAAGAACAAAUUCCAUGCUAGUUGUUUAUAUAAGUGGUUCCGAUCAUCCAACUCUGCCAGUUGUCCUUUAUGUAGAACUGUAUUUUAGAUUGAUAUCAGCUUAGUGAUAUAAUUCACUAUGUAUAUGGAAAAAUAAAGAUUAGGUGUUAUGCGGUAGUUCAAAAUGGUGAGAAUUUGUACCACUAAUUUUGC